CGUCCAAACGCUACGCCCAAGCAACAAAGCUCAUAUUACCCAUCUAAAUGAGCACGCCCAUCCCGAAACAGUCCAUCCUCCAUGCUUACCGUCACCUCUACCGCACCUCUCUUCGUGCAGUCAGAUACGCACGCCCCGCCCGCUACGAGAUCCGCGACAUCCUGCGCGAUGCAUUCCGCACCUCAGCGCCCGCAAAUUUCAGUCCCCGACGUAUCCAGAAUACCUUGAAGUUUCUGGAGAAUGCAAGGAAGUACAAUGGAUUUGAACACAGGAUCUUGAAGAAUCUACUGCAUCUGCAAUUUUGGAAGAUCAAGGGUUUGGAUAAAAAGCUGAUCAAGAAUUCGAAUACUUCCGAGGCCAUUGAGUCUAGACGUCAGAUAUGGCAUCAGUAUCGGGCGACGUUGAUCAUGUUGAAUGAGAGCCUGGACAUCUGCCUUACGAUAUGAGCCAACAGAAAGGCAUUCUUCCUCUUUGAUGCUAUCGAGGGCGUCGUUCGCGCUUCUUGAUACCACACCGUCAGGACAGCAUCCUCUCAGAAGAGGCCAAAAUCACCGGAUCAAUAUAGCUCGACUGAAAGACGAUUGAUGGCAAGAGUUGACAAUGUGACCACAUUGUCGGUUACAGACGAGGCCGAAGAUAUGUGAGUCAGCUCCAUCUGGCUGAUCGAAGACUAUUGGCUUCCCUUCCGAACCACUCUCUGCUCCUUGUAUCGUGCUUGGAGGGUUGAGGGUGCGAAUUGUCCCAUCGAAGUACGCAAGCUCCUGGUGACGAUGUCCUCCUUCAAGAUCCUGAGACAGCAUCAAUAUCACCGGCGAGACGACGGCGGUAGACUAUGGAGAGCUACAUUCGACGGCCGUCAGCAUUAAUUCCAGCCCUGUAAUGCUGGAUGUCCAUAUCCACUGCAGAAAGGUGUAUUAGAAGACCAUACGCGGCAAAAUAGUGAUGGGUCGAUGGCGCACAAUUAUUUUGCUGCGCUUUCUCCGCGAAGCAUGUUCAACUCGAUCGGCCUGCUCGAAACGAAACACUACUCUGACAGACCAAAGUGAGCUCCAAAUGAAAGGACUUAUGCGAGUCUCACGCGUUAAGACUCAUGACGUCUCCACCGUUGCUUCCAGUGUUGCCAUUCAUUAUGUCUCGCGGACGGGGUCCUCUCUCUGGACCGCACUGUAAAUUGUGCGAAUGUUCUGGACCAACUUCAUGGCUCCAAUCUCCAUUUGCUCUCGAGAAUGGAUCUAUGGGCUUGCCCGCGUCGUCUCUCACCGGCCAAAGCGACCCACUUCCUCCAAGCGCUUGAUGUCUGAAUCCAAUAACAAGCCACCGGGCUGUCAUUCAUGGACCAGGAUUCCCCAUAUUUUAGCACCGAGACCUUCAAUGAAAUUCGUGCUUUCCUUCCCACUACCUCUUUGUCUCUCUGAUUAUGCUCCUUUUCCACCAGCUAGGAUCAUUAGGAGGAUUCACUCGAGGUUGGGUGAGCAGCCGCUUCCGAAAUAUUUCGACGCGAUGCGGACGUCUCUGGGCAGCGAACCGACUCAGGGAACAAGAAAGACAGUCACACAGUACUGUGCACGUCUUCCUGGGCUACAGCAUGAGAUUCUAGACCGGUG